AUGUCUCAAGAUCAAGUAGUCGAGGACCAAUAUGCUUAUGAUGAUGAUCAUAGCAUUACUCCUGAAGAUUGUUGGUUAGUCAUAUCGUCUUUUUUUCAAGAGAAAGGAUUGGUAUCUCAGCAGUUGGACUCUUUUGAUGAGUUUAUUGAGACAACCAUUCAAGAGUUGGUAUGGGAGGACUCUCAUUUGGUGUUAGAUCAACCAGCUCAGCAUACUUCAGAGGACGACUUUGAAAACAGAAGAUAUGAGAUUUCUUUCGGAAAGAUUUAUAUUUCCAAACCUACCCAAACUGAAGGUGAUGGUACAACCCACCCCAUGUUCCCACAAGAAGCUAGAUUGCGUAAUUUGACAUAUUCGUCCCCCUUAUAUGUCGACAUGACCAAGAGAGUUUUCAAGUCUGAUGAUAAUGACCGUAAGAACAAUGAGUUGGAAUGGAUAGAAGAACAUGUCGAAGGCGAAGGUACUGAUACAAAGGUUUAUUUGGGUAAAGUACCCAUCAUGUUAAGAUCUAAGUUCUGUAUGCUUCGUGAUUUGGCUGAACAUGAGUUUUACGAAUUGAAAGAAUGUCCUUAUGAUAUGGGUGGUUAUUUUGUGAUUAACGGAUCUGAAAAAGUUUUAAUUGCCCAAGAAAGAAGUGCGGCCAAUAUUGUCCAAGUUUUCAAGAAAGCGGGUCCGUCUCCUAUUUCUCAUGUUGCUGAAAUCAGAUCCGCUUUAGAGAAGGGAUCCAGAUUGAUUUCAUCCUUGCAAAUUAAAUUAUAUGGUAGAGAUGAUAGAGCAGCGUCAGGAAGAACGAUCAAAGCAACUUUACCAUACAUCAAAGAAGAUAUUCCUAUCGUGAUUGUGUUUAGAGCUUUGGGAAUCGUUCCAGACGGUGAUAUAUUAGAACAUAUAUGUUAUGAUGCAAAUGAUUGGCAGAUGUUGGAAAUGUUAAAACCUUGCGUCGAAGAAGGUUUCGUGAUUCAAGAACAAGAAGUUGCCCUUGAUUUUAUUGGAAGAAGAGGUGUGUUGGGUAUCAGAAGAGAAAAACGUAUUCAAUACGCUAAAGACAUUUUACAAAAGGAAUUGUUACCAAACAUUACUCAAGAAGAAGGUUUCGCUACAAGAAAGGCUUUUUUCUUAGGUUACAUGGUCAACAGGUUGUUAUUGUGUGCUUUGGAAAGAAAAGAACCUGACGACAGAGAUCACUUUGGUAAGAAGAGAUUGGAUUUGGCAGGCCCAUUGUUGGCUAACUUGUUCCGUAUUUUGUUCAGAAAAUUGACCAGAGAUAUUUACAAUUAUAUGCAAAGAUGUGUUGAGAAUGAUAAGGAAUUUAACUUAACGUUGGCCGUGAAGUCUCAAACUAUUACCGAUGGUUUACGUUAUUCGUUGGCUACUGGUAACUGGGGUGAACAAAAGAAGGCCAUGAGUUCCAGAGCUGGUGUUUCCCAAGUGUUGAACAGAUAUACCUAUUCGUCUACAUUGUCUCACUUAAGAAGAACAAACACACCUAUUGGUCGUGAUGGUAAGCUCGCCAAACCAAGACAAUUGCAUAACACCCAUUGGGGUCUUGUUUGUCCUGCUGAAACACCUGAAGGUCAAGCCUGUGGUUUAGUUAAGAAUCUUUCUUUGAUGUCAUGUAUAUCUGUUGGUACUUCUUCUGAACCGAUUUUAGUCUUUUUAGAGGAAUGGGGGUUGGAGCCUUUAGAAGACUAUUCACCAUCUACGUCUCCUGAUUCUACCAGAGUGUUUGUUAAUGGUGUUUGGGUUGGUACUCAUAGAGACCCAAGCCUGUUAGUGGAAACUAUCCGUAGUUUAAGAAGAAAAGGUGAUAUUUCUCCUGAAGUCUCUAUUAUCAGGGACAUCAGAGAAAGAGAAUUCAAAAUUUUCACCGAUGCUGGUCGUGUUUACCGUCCAUUAUUCAUCGUUGAUGACAACCCAUACAGUGAAACUAAGGGUGAAUUAAUGUUGAAUAAGUCACACGUUAAGAAAUUGAUGGAUUCUGAAUAUGAUGAUUACGUUUAUGAUGAUGAACAGGAAGCUUACGGUUGGAGCUCCUUGGUUCGUGACGGUAUUAUAGAAUAUGUUGAUGCUGAAGAAGAAGAAACCAUUAUGAUUGCCAUGACUCCUGAAGACUUGGAAAGUAGCAAGAGUACCUUAAGUGAAGCUCAACAGAAAUCCAUGCAAAUGGAAGAGCAAGAGAAGGAUCCAGCAAAGAGAAUUAAACCCACAUUUUCAGGUAACUUGCAUACCUUCACUCAUUGUGAAAUCCACCCUUCUAUGAUUUUAGGGGUUGCCGCCUCCAUUAUUCCUUUCCCAGAUCACAACCAAUCUCCUCGUAAUACUUAUCAAUCGGCUAUGGGUAAGCAAGCUAUGGGGGUGUUUUUGACCAAUUAUUCUGUCAGAAUGGAUACUAUGGCUAAUAUUUUGUAUUAUCCUCAGAAACCGUUGGCUACAACUAGAUCUAUGGAAUACCUUAAGUUCCGUGAAUUACCUGCUGGUCAGAAUGCCAUUGUUGCUAUUGCUUGUUAUUCCGGAUACAAUCAAGAAGAUUCUAUGAUUAUGAACCAAUCUUCCAUUGACAGAGGUUUGUUCAGAUCUUUGUUCUUUAGAUCUUAUAUGGAUUUGGAAAAGAGACAAGGUAUGAAAGCCUUGGAAACCUUUGAAAGGCCAUCAAGAUCUGAUACGUUGAGAUUGAAGCAUGGCACUUAUGAAAAGUUGGAUGAUGAUGGGUUGAUUACUCCUGGUGUUAGAGUAAGUGGUGAAGAUAUCAUCAUUGGUAAGACCACUCCAAUUCCACCAGAUGCAGAAGAGUUGGGACAGAGAACUCAAUACCACACCAAGAGAGAUGCAUCUACUCCUUUGAGAAGUACUGAAUCUGGUAUUGUUGACCAGGUGUUACUCACUACUAAUGGUGAUGGUGCAAAGUUCGUCAAGGUCAGAAUGAGAACUACCAAAGUGCCUCAAAUUGGUGAUAAGUUCGCAUCCAGACAUGGUCAAAAAGGUACUAUUGGUGUUACUUACAGGAAUGAAGAUAUGCCAUUUACAUCCCAAGGAAUUGUGCCAGAUCUUAUUAUCAAUCCUCACGCCAUUCCAUCGCGGAUGACAGUUGCUCACUUGAUUGAGUGUUUGUUGUCCAAAGUAUCUUCUUUAUCUGGUUUGGAAGGUGAUGCCUCACCAUUUACUGAUGUUACUGCAGAAGAGGUUUCUAAAUUGUUAAGAGAGCAUGGUUACCAAUCCAGAGGGUUCGAAGUCAUGUACAACGGUCAUACUGGUAAGAAAUUGAUGGCACAAGUGUUCUUCGGUCCUACCUACUAUCAAAGAUUGAGACACAUGGUGGACGACAAGAUUCAUGCCAGAGCUAGGGGACCUGUACAAGUCUUGACCAGACAACCGGUUGAAGGUAGAUCCAGAGAUGGUGGUUUGCGUUUUGGAGAAAUGGAGAGAGAUUGUAUGAUCGCUCAUGGAGCUGCUGGAUUCUUGAAAGAAAGAUUAAUGGAAGCAUCUGAUGCUUUUAGAGUACAUGUUUGUGGAAUUUGUGGAUUAAUGUCAGUUAUUGCCAACCUCAAAAAGAACCAAUUUGAGUGCCGGGCCUGUAAAAAUAAGACCAACAUUUACCAAAUUCACAUUCCGUAUGCCGCUAAACUUUUGUUCCAAGAGUUAAUGGCAAUGAACAUUUCACCAAGAAUGUACACCGAAAGAUCAGGAAUUUCCGUUCGUGUAUAAAGUUACCGGAUACUGUUUCCAUGACAAUUUUAUUUAAAACAAAAAACAAUAUUGUAUAGUUUUGUAAGACAUAAGAGUAUAUUUAAAAGAAUAAUAUAAUAAAAUAUUUCAUCUACUUGAAUCUAUUUACAUGUGGUGGUGAUCAUUGACUGAAGAACUUCUCACGAAGCUCUUGCUUUUCUUUCUCAGACUGUUCCAAAUUAGCGAUCUUUUCUCUCACUUCUUGAGCUUCAUCAGCAAACGCAAUCAAGUUCUGCUUGUAAGGAUGCUCAUCUCCAUCGUAUAACUUUAAUCUGUCCAUUCUGACGAGUCUCAAUUUGUUCUUUGGUAUCAUACCUUUGACAGCUCUUCUUAACACUUCAUUAUAACCUUUGUUAUCUAUCAUUCUUUGCAUAGGAAUCAAAUUCAACGAACCUGGACGUGUGGUAUGUGACCAGUAUGUUUUAUCUUGGAGUUUGUUACCCGUUAUUUUCAAGUGGGCACAAUUGGUUACCACAACAUAAUCUCCAUGGUCUCUAUUUGGUGAAAACGUAGGUUUGUGUUUCCCUUGUAAAGCUAUAGCUAUGCUAGAUGCCAACCGACCCAAGGUCCUGUGAUCUCCAGCCACAUCAACGUGGUGCCACACUCUUGUUAAAGCAACUGCUGCGUUCCCUAUCCUUUGAGACAUGAUAUAUGGUAGUUGAUUCUC